AUGGCAUCUGGUGUUAAGCGAAGUAGUUGGCUCAAGAAUCAAACUGCAAUGUUGAGAUCUGCGUCACACUCUCGAAGUUCAUCUAGUGCUGAAGCAUCCUCGAAGAAUCACGUAAACUUUAUGAAAGCUUACGGGCGUACAUCGUCAUCUAAUUCUCAGGAUGUAAGACCCUUCACUUACACGACCGGAGUAUCUUUACGUAGUAGGUCUCUAGAGGAAUCGAACUACUCAACACCACCCCCUUUGUUGCCUAAGCCAGUGACAUUAAUGCGCAGUGCUAGUACUUCUUCAGCGAGCAGUAGUAUGGGUUCAAGCGCCAGUGCCGGUGGAAACUUGUCAAGUACUCGCAAUAGCAUUGGUAGCGGUAACCUGUUGCAUGGAGGAAGUAAUAUCGAUGGAUUAGAAGACAUUCGUAUGGCUUUGGCGAAGAAGGUUGCUAACGAGGUCGCGGCUGGAGGCGGAACUUUAGAGAGGAACUGGAAAUGA